CCAGCCGCGGUCAGAAGGUUGUCCAGAACCAAACAAAUUAAAGAGCGAUGCUAAACCCAUCCAAGUGUCGUCGCAGAAGAUCGCUCAACACCCUGCAGCUAAAGACCACCUCCACUUCUCAGGGUCGAGUCCGACCAAAGUGGAAAACUGUUCUGCAGGAGCACGCGAGGCCAAAUUGGACUCCUCCAGAGGAACCGGUGAAUCCGGCGCACCCAUGAACUCCACCGGCAGUAACAUCAGGGUAGACGCUGUGAGUGUCGGGAGUCAAACUGAGGGCAGUUUGCUCCUCUGUGGAGCUUCUAGAGCGUCUGCCGCCACACAGACUGAGGCUGAUGUAGACGACGAGGACGAAUCGGUGGAAUCUCCUCCGGUUUCUUCAGCCGAGAAGGCGGAAGCAGGCGACAAAAUGUUGCUCUCAGGUUCGUUCCCCAUCCCUGCUGAUCCGGCUCGUCUCGCUGAAAGAAUCCGCCGCAACCGGACGCAGCUGUCGGCCGCCUUCGACGAUACGGAGUACGAGCCGUACGGCCUGCCCGAAGUUGUCAUGAAAGGUUUUGCUGACAUCCCCACCGGCCCUUCAUGCCCGUACAUUGUGAGAAGAGGUUUGCUAGGAACAGUCCAACCUCUGUCUAAGAAAGAACAGCGAGAAGAUGAGGAGACGGACUAAAGCGAAAACAUCAGAUCUAGCAGGAGGAAGCGGCCACUUUGGGAGGAUUCCCUGUGAACCUGAAUGAUGGACGGUGGCCGUCGGCAGGGAGACGGUGAAACACCCACAGGAGCAGUUUUUAAAGCUGCAAUAAGUUCUCCACCUCUGUGCGUCAGCUUGCUGGUAGCCGGGCCGGCGCUGACGAGCUGGACACCUCCGCCGUGGUUCUGAAGGGCUUUAAUUGUUCCAGGUUUACCUUGAGGCUGCGCUGUUAAUCCACACCCACCCGUAUAAUCAGACAGUGAGUUUGGGAUUUAGUGAUUUAGUUUGUUUCUGCUGCUUGAACCACUUUUCCAAAGACAUGGUUUUGUUUUGUCCCGUCUCCGACCCGACUUGUGCGUCAGCGGGUCUCAGUUUACCUUCAUUUAAACAGUCGGUGUGUUUCUGAACCGCCGCCUGUCGAGAUAAGCUCCACUUGUUUUCCAGGAGACGGCCAACUGUGAAAACAGAUUUCAAAUGAACACAUUUUAACUUCUUGGGUUGUUUUAUUUUUAAUUUAUGGACACUUUAUUGUUGGGGGGGGGGGGGCGUUUACAGAAGUGUGUGUGAAAUAGCAUUAGCUGUGAAUAUGAACAUGUGUGUCCUCAUCUGUUUGUAUAUGAGUGUGUGUGUUGGGUGAGCACACGCCUAUGAGUCAGAGUAACCUGCGCUGGUUUCCGCUCCAUGUAUGGAGAUGCACACCGAGCUCCUUCUCCCUUCCCUGUCCUGCUGCGCCUCCCUGUCCCACCCUGACAGACGCUCCAACACUCGUUGGUUUUAAGGCAUCUUUAACAGAAACGACUCGUUAAAAGCUUCAUUCGCAGGAAACCUGCAGAGUCCUGGAAAAACACACAUUCUGGUUAAUAGAGAGUGAAACCAGGUUAUGGAAAUUUAUAAGACAAGUUUAACCUUUUUUUAUUUAUUUAUUCCUGUUUUAAUGGGCUGAGCUUU